CCUAGAGACUUGUCAAGAUCACGAUCUCGUUCACCCUCUUAUCGACGUAGACAUUCGCCCUCUCCCGCAGGGCAUAGGUAUGGGAGGAGGAGCCGAAGGGACAGAAGCCGAUCGCCAUAUUCGUCUUAUUCUUUUAGCAGGUGAUCCCGUUUAUAUUAAUACUAUUUAUGUUAAUUUUGUUAACAUAAAAGAAACUGUAAGGAUUAUUGUAAGAAAGAUUGGGACUCUGAAAGUUGUCAUGCGGAUUGGAAAUACAAAUACUUCAAGUUUAUCUGUACACAGCCCAUACUUAUUUGCAUAUAUUUUGGUGUUCCCUCAACUUUACUGGAAAGAAUAUCUAGUUUGCUUGUUGUUUACAAUUAUAUUCUGUUAUGGAAUCGCAUCCUAGCCAAGAAUCCAGUAAGGAGUGCAAUUAAGUUAGUUGAAUGUGCCAAAUUGAAGUUGCUGCUGCAGUUGAGGAUUGUGUUGGCAAUUUGUACACAAGGUGCUUUUGGCUUCACUUUUACCAUGCAGUUGAACCUUUUGGUUGUCUACAUUUUGGCAUGCGUGUGAUUUUUUAUGUUCAGAUGGCAUCACGGCUUGACAUCCUUGAGGACCUUCAGGAUUAUAGAUUUAUGUUUAAUGACCACCAUUCUUAUUGUGAAGUGUUGCUGAAUAUUUAAAGUUGAUGGUGUAUUGCUCAACUUCUUCCAUGAAAUUAUCAACAUCUCAGUGGGCACCUGACAUGUGAGGAACUGUACUUUUGCUUGUUAAAAUGGAAAUAUGCUAACUACAAGUACAUUUGGAGCAAAACAUAGAGUUCUAUGAGAGUUAUAGGAAGCAUGCCCUUCUUUAGGAAAUUAAAGACAGUUUCUUCCCUUUACUUGAGAUGGGAAAUGAGCAGGUGAUGGGUGUCGAUGGGUUCCUUUCGUUGCUUGAUUCUGACAUUAUCUACUUCCUGUCAUAAAAGAUGGAGCUCAAUGCUUAUCUUAACAAUGUAUGAGACGGAAGAGUCGUUCUAUUAGUCCACGCCGCCGCAAAAGUCGUUCUCCAAUUACAAGGCGUCAUAAAAGCCGUUCUCCUACUCCAAAGCGUUAUAAGAGGCUAAGAAGUAGGAGUUCUUCAUUGUCUCCUGUUCAUAAAUCAUCUAGCCCAAGUCUCGGGUCAAUAGAGCGCAAAAAUGCUAGUGAGAAAUUGAAAAAAGAAGAGGAAGAGAGGAAAAGGCGUCAACAGGAAGCAGAAUUGAAACUGAUAGAAGAAGAGACUGCUAAGAGGGUGGAAGAAGCAAUUCAGAAGAAGGUUGAAGAGAGAUUGAACUCAGAAGAAAUCAAGCAGGAAAUUCAGAAGCGACUAGAGGAAGGACGGAGAAGACUUAAUGAUGAAGUUGCUGCACAACUUGAGAAAGAAAAGGAAGCCGCUAUUCUUGAAGCCAGGCAAAAAGAGGAGGUAGCUAGAAAAGAGAACGAAGAGUUGGAGAAGAUGCUGGAAGAGAACAGAAACAGGGUAGAAGAAACUCAAAUAAGAGAAGCAAUGGAGCAGCAGCGGAGAGAAGAGGAACGAUAUCGGGAACUAGAAGAGCUGCAAAGACAAAAGGAAGAGGCAAUGAAGAGGAAGAAACAACAGGAAGAGGAAGAACGAUUAAAUCAAAUGAAAUUGUUGGGAAAGAACAAAUUACGGCCAAAGUUGUCAUUUGCGCUUGGCUCCAAAUGAUUGGUUUGGAGAAGGUGGUGUUAGUUGUUGUAAUAUGUUUUUUUUUGUUUCUUUCGAACUUUGCUUUUUUGCAUUGUAAUUUGAAGAAGAUACUAAUAUUUGUUAGUGAAGUAGUUUUUGGAAGUAUGAGAAA